AUGAAGGACGACUCGAAGACGCCUCUCGUGGCUGGUGGUCAUGCAGAGCUCACCCAGCAGAAGGUAGCUAACGGCUCGAGUCCCUUUUGCAAGCCGCACUCGAAGCGAAAGAGAGCCAGGUCGUGGCUCCGCCGGGUCAAAGACGUCUGCUUAAAACACACCUGGGUCCUGCCUCUCGCUCUCCUCGCCAUUCUCCUCGCCGCAUACGCCGUCAACCCGACAGAAUCCAACCCGAUACACUAUGGCAUAUUCCUCUCCUAUCCGUUGCCUCCGGAGACACCGGGCGGCCCAGUACUGUACGGCAAGGGGAAGCUCGAUAUCGCCUUUGUGGCAUUCUACACCAUUGCGCUCUCGUUUACCCGUGAGUUCUUGAUGCAAUGCGUUAUUCGGCCGUGGGCUCUAUAUGCCGGGAUCAAGGGCCGUUCGAAGAUCACCCGGUUCAUGGAACAGGUGUAUACGGCCAUGUACUUUAGUGUCUUCGGGCCGUAUGGGUUAUAUGUCAUGAAGCAGACGAACAUCUGGUACUUCAACACUACGGCCAUGUUUGAGAAUUUCCCGCAUAAAUCGCAUACUGCGGAUUUCAAGGCAUAUUACCUCCUCGAAGCCGCAUAUUGGGCUCAGCAAGGAAUUGUGCUGCUGCUUAAACUAGAGAAACCUAGGAGAGACUUUAAGGAGUUGGUUGGGCAUCAUAUCAUCACUCUCGCACUCAUUGCGCUGAGCUACCGGUUCCACUUCACCUAUAUCGGUCUCGCCGUCUACAUCACACAUGACAUUUCUGACUUUUUCCUUGCUACGUCGAAAACGCUCAAUUAUCUAGACUCGCCGAUCAUCACCCCAUUCUUCGCCCUUUUCGUUGCCGUCUGGGUUUACAUGAGGCACUACCUUAACCUCCACAUUCUCUGGGCCGUCUUGACAGAAUUCCGAACCGUUGGGCCUUUCGAACUCAACUGGGAGACUGAACAGUACAAGUUCUGGGUUAGCCAGUACAUCACAUUUGGUCUCCUGGGUUCUCUUCAGGCUAUCAAUCUAUUCUGGCUCUACCUUAUCAUCCGCAUUGCCAAAACCUAUGUCUUUGGAAACGCACUGCAAGACGAGCGAAGUGAUAACGAAGAAGAAGACGACGAGAUUGAAGAAUCAAGUACGACCGGCGAGGCGAAUGGAGUUCCCAUUCCAACCCUUCUCGUCAACGGCCAUGCUACGAAAGAGAACAUCGAUCCAAUUGAGAACGGAUCAUCUACAGGAUUAUUGACGAAUGGAAAUUCAAACGGUGCCGCCACGAAACGCAAAUGA